GCGCUGAACAUUAAGGGCUCCACACAGUCAAUCUCACAUUGCAGUAUUUAUUGCAGUAUAUAUAACUGGAUCCCUUCAUACUGAACACAUAGUAAUGUUUACGCCCUGUCGUAAUUUAUGUAUUAUUUAUAGACAAUGUGCAUCCCCUGUCCAAACAUGUUUCAUAUUUAUGUGAAAACCUACCUGUCAGAACGUUUGCCCUACAGUACGUCUUUAUAUAGUCCCAUGACCAGUCUGUGAGUUCAUUUGACCAGUGAAAAAAUAGCUAAACACUGUAAUGGAAUCUGAUUGAAUUCAGCCCUAGCUCAUUUCUUCAUGGUCAAAUAAAUGUACAGGUAUAGUUUCAUUUUUAGCAAUUAGAAGUAUGAUGGCAUUGGGUGAAUAGAUUAUUGUAAAUAAAUUGUGUAGGCUAAAUAUUGCUAUCGCGGGUUUGAAAGAAUCCAAGCCCUUAUGAACCACACAGUCUAAAUUGUAUGGUUAGCUCUACCGCGUUGAAACACAUUACAUUGUUGGGGUUAGUUGCUGUCAGGAGCUCUCAGUAUCAGUUUUGGGGUAUUUUUUUUUCAUGACAGAACUCUAUAUGAAUGGCUAACUUCGCUAAUGACAGCAGGCAUAGCGUGUAGCUACUGGUGAGAGUUGUGCAGCGCGGGGGCGUUCUCUCCUGACACACUCCAACAAUACGAAAAAAUAGGAGUGCGCGGGCCUGUGCAGUGUGUAGCUAGCUACUUCCCUUUCACACAGCGCGCAGGCGGCCAUUCUAAAAAUCACAUUUAUUGCGUAGUGGAGUUGACUGGAGACUAUGGAACGUUAAACUGGAGCAAGAAAAAGGUGUAAAUAAAAGCAGUCGUCGAUAAAGAGACAAGGCGAUCUUCACAAGAGUUUUGGAUCAAUCACGCAGACAGUGACUUCUUUUGUUAAAAUCCCAAAUUGUCAUUGGGCAGAAAGUAAUCAUGUGACAGGCCGUUCGUUCCAAUUUCAACCUUGUCUCCAUGAAUUCAAUAGUUUAAUAGUAGCUCGGUCCCCAUACGACCGUAAUCAGUGAAUUACAAAAAAAAGCCACCACCAGAGGAUUUUUAAAAUAAUUUUUCCUCUCUCUCUUUCUCAUUGAGCCUCGACAUUUAUAAAAAUACGCACAGCAAACUUCCCUCGGCUCUCAGCGAGCGGAGAUGAAUUACGAAUUCGAGCGAGAGAGUGGUUUUAUCAAUAGUCAGCCGUCGCUUGCUGAGUGUCUGACAUCUUUCCCCCCUGUCAGUGAUUCAUUUCAAAGUUCAUCAAUCAAGAGCUCGACGCUUUCACACUCGACACUGAUUCCUCCUCCUUUUGAGCAGACCAUUCCUAGCCUCAACCCGGGCAGCCACCCGAGGCAAAGCCGGCCCAGACACAGCCCGGAUGGAUGCAGCCCGCUGCCUACCGCCUCUCUACCCCCGGAAUACCCCUGGAUGAGGGAGAAGAAAGCCUCCAAGAAGAAUCUCCUGCCGACUUCUGCCGCGACUUCCAUAACGAGUGGAACCAUAUGCUUCUCCCCGAAAGGGUCGCCAGAGAUUCUAGAGAGUGGAGGAGGUGGCUCCCGGCGGUUGAGGACGGCAUACACCAACACGCAGCUCCUGGAGCUGGAGAAGGAGUUCCACUUCAACAAGUAUCUGUGCCGACCGAGGAGGGUGGAGAUAGCCGCCCUGCUGGAUCUCACCGAGCGGCAGGUCAAAGUGUGGUUCCAGAACCGACGGAUGAAGCACAAACGGCAGAACCAGUGCAAGGAAAAUCAUAAUGGCGAGGGGAAAGGGCCUAGGGCUGAAGACGGGACGGUGAGUGACGAGGAGGAGGAGGAGGAGGAGGGAUCGGUGUUCGAAGAGAGCCUCAAUACAGUGACCGGGGCCCUUACGGAGAGAGAAACCUACUCCUUUCAGCAGAACUCACUGAUUUCUUCCCAGCAACUCCAGAAUGUUGGACCACACAAUGGCGAGGCCCAAACCUAUACUGUUUCGCCACUAAGCGGCAAUGACAAAAAUUUAAAACAUUUCUCCAACCCGUCACCCACUGUUCCAGCCUGCGUGUCAACAAUAGGCCCAGGCUCUGCAUCUGGCCCGGACAAUGGCGGUAGUCCCUCGGCCCUGGACGUUUCAAUACACGAUUUUCAAGUAUUCUCCUCGGAUUCUUGCUUUCACAUCUCUGAUGCUGUUUCGCCCAGUUUGUCAGAAUCCCUGGACAGCCCCGUGGACAAUCUGGACAUAUCUACGGACAGCUUUUACUUUUUCUCGGAGUCCCUAACUACAAUUGACUUGCAGCAUCUGAGCUACUGAGUCAAUCAAAAAAGAACAAAACUUUCAAUCCGGAACAUUAAAAAGAAAAAAAUGUAUUUACUAUGAAGUUAAUUUUGAUGGUGUUUCAUAGGAUCGGCUCAUGUUCUUUUUAUUGAAUAUUUGAUUAGCCGAUUAAUUCAAGGUAAGAAUAUACAAUUGUGGCCUGCAGUUACAAAAACACAUGAUUUCUUAAAAUGCAAUAUUAUGGGUAGGCUAUGUGAGAAUGUGCACAAUGAAUUCUGAUCAUUUUAUUUUUGUAUAGCUUACAGUACCAUGGAUAUUUUUGUUAGAAUAAAUCUGACUUUCAAU